AUGCAGCUUCUCGCGUCUGCUCUUCUCGCCUUUGCCGCAUCUACCGUAGCUACAUUCGUCACGGCUGACGAUGUACUCCUCAAACCUUAUGCCUCUCUGUUGGCUUCGCCACUCGACGCUCGCCAGGAGGAUGGAUCCAGUAGCAACAAUGAUACGACAGAUGGCGACGUACCCGACAAUCUGCUCAAACCUGACGGAACGAUCAAUAUGACCUCUUUCUUAGAGCUCACAUCAACUACAUGCCUGUCCAGGCUCUCCAACCUCCGACGAACAACAUCCCCCUCGGGCAUGAGUAUCUGCUUCAACCUACCAUCCCUCAACACCACCAGUGGUGUCUUCGAGGCCGAUCUAAGACUCUACAAAGUCACAGAGCCACGCGACGCAUGGGAAGGCAUUGAGCCAGGUGACGUGGACGUCAAUGUGGGCUUCGCCAAUGCUAGAGUCCGCAAUGUCACCGAGCAAGAAAUCAUGGGCAUUGGCAUGGUCGGCGAGCUGCAGGCUCGACAAGCGGACGACCGAGUGCAAGAGCUCCAGCGGUACAUGCUCGUCGGACAGGUCCAGGGGGAUAAACUGGAUGCCAAUAUGACCAUGUCUGCGAUUGAGGCUCUUCUCAUGCCCACACUUUCACUCACCGCGCUCUCUCCUCAAUCUUCAGACAACCUCACGACUCUCCUCUCCCCCAAUGAGGCGUCCUUCAUCACUGGCGUUUUCUCCGAUUUGACGCCUCAGUCAUCCUUCUCGCUCGCGCAAGCAGCUGUCUCGUCAUCACUGGCAUUGCUUGACGAGGGCGAGGUUGCAUUCAUCCUCCCCGGCACACAGAUCCUGAUUUUCCCCAUUGGGCUGAUCAUCACGGGGACUUGGGCUCUACUGGGGGUCGGCGUCUACGCGUUCGGCACAGUGGAGAGGUGGAGGUUCAGGGAAAGCUACCGGGAAAGAGUCAAGGGAGGAGUAGGGGGAGCAGGCAUUUGA